AUGGAUAUUAUUACAAUCGGAGGUUUGGUUGCUGUUGUUGCUAUCGUUAUUGGAUCAUGCUUUACUAUUUAUAAAUUAUUAACGCGAGAAACAACAUUUGAAGAGGUUUAUGGAAAUGAUAUGGCUAAACCUUUGGUUGCAGAAAAAGGCAAGGUAAAAGGGAGGCGUAAUCAUUCUAAAAGGCAAAGUCCAAAGAAGGAAACUGAUAAUAAGGAGGUUCAUGUUUCUGAAGAUGAUGAAGCUAGUGGUGAUUUUGUGGUUGUUAAACAAAUGGAGGAAGCAGUCAAAGUGUCAUCUUCAACUUCUGAGGUUAACGAUGAGUUGGAGAAUUUGCGGGUUGAAAAUGCGGAGCUGAAAAAAGAGAAGAAUGAACAGGCCGAACAACUUGUCGUCUAUGAGGAAACGAUUAAAAACAAGACUGUUGCAUCGAAACAGAUGGAUGAUGAAAAUAAGAAACUGCGUUCUAAAAACGAUCAAUUCUCCGCACAAUUAGAAAAACAGCUUAGGGAGUUGGAACAAUUGGGCGCUGAGAAUGCUCAAUUGAAACGAGAGAAGAACGAGCAAGACGAACGUCAUGUCAUCUUUGAACAAACUGUGAAGAACAAGCUUAUUGAGACUCACCAGUUGGGUGAUGAAAACAAAAAGUUACGUUUGAAAUGUGAACAAUUUUGUGAGCAAUUGGAAAAGAAGAAAACAGAGAUUACUAAGUUUUGCGAAGAUCGCGACAUGGCUAUGAAAGAGGUGCUGAAACUUCGUGAAGAGCGUGACCUUGCAAAAACUUUUAUGGAGAAAGCAGCUGCCGACAUUCAUUCAAAAGAUAUUAUGAUUCGGAAUAUUGAGACUAACUUUGAACAUCAACGUCAAGCUCUUCAAAUUGAAUUCAAUGUUAGCUUUUUGUUUUGA